AUGCAACUCCGUGUUAUUUCAGUGACUUCAACAACAACAGAAGCACCAGAAUCAAGUGAAGAAGAAGUUACGAGACCACCGAUUAACUGCUGUUUAGGAAAAUCAAAAGCCGCCAGAAAAUGUUGCAGUUUAAGAACAAGCACAACAACAGAAGAGCCUUAUGAAAGCGAAGAAGAAACAAUAAAACCUUCAAAAACUUGCUGCACAAAUUCAAAAACAACAACAAUCGCACCAGGAUCAUCAGAAGAAAGUGGUUCAUCAACAAAAACAACCAAAUGUCCUAGACGUCCUAUUAUAUGUCCAUCCAAACGAACCAGAAGUCAUCCGUGGCUAGCAACUUCAUCUGAAAAUGGUUCUGAUGAAGUUGAUCCUCGUACAUACACUGACAGGAAAAAGCAUAAAAAUAAGCAAAACAAUCCGUUUGAUCAUUGUCCAUGUGUUGAUUUUCGAGUUGCAUUAGCACAAGUCAUGCAUUGAUUAAUCAUCAAAUAUUAAUUAAUUAAAGAAAAAAGAUUAGUUGGAAAUUUCUCAUUUAGAAUAUUUGCACUUGGAAUUUUUUUAAAAAAAGUUUUUUACGAU